AUGUCGGCUCCAGAACCAAAAAACUUCGCGCCUAAGCAGCCAGUCGCCCUUGCACCACCCAAAGAGGACCCUAUCUCUGUCGAGCACUUAGCAAAAUGUAGUGGUGCUAAUCCGGAUUAUCCCACAUACGUUGCCAUUAAGGGGACUGUUUUUGAUGUAACAGGAAACAGUAGCUACGCCCCGGGAGGCGCCUAUCACGUUUUCGCUGGUAAAGACGCAUCUCGUGCGCUGGCCAAAUCGUCUGUCAAGGAGGAGGAUGCUCUUCCUGAAUGGUCAGAUCUCUCUGAAAAGGAAAAGGGUGUUUUGAAUGACUGGUUUACUUUCUUCAGCAAGCGCUACAACAUUGUUGGAAAGGUUACUGGCGCUUCUAACCUUUAG